AACGAUAGCGCUAGCGACAAAGCGCGAUACAAGUCGACCGAACAACCUUGGAAGAGUACCUCGCUACGGCUAAACAAGAGUGCCUCGCUAAAAUCGAAUCGACCGGGGCGGGACCACGGCUGCGUGUUCAGGCGGCGGCGUAUAAGGCGGCGGUAUACAAGGCGGCGAUACAAGGCGGAACUUCGCUCGCGCUUCGUAGGCACGCAGAGCCGCCGACAAGCACAUAAUAUAUCUUCCCAAGAACAUCCAUUCUCUAUCGGCCUCCUUGCUCCCAUAACCACGUAACAUUCUCGCACGACAUGAAGCGACCCGUAGAAAGAACGCAAGCCGCCAUGUCUUCUCAAAAUGACUCCCCCGCUACGGCAACCAGCACCUCGAGCAACAACAUGCUCGGGGGAGCAAUUGGUCAAUUUCUGCUUUUCGGCGACAGCAUCACGCAACAGUCGUUCAAUCAAGACCGCGGAUUCGGCUUUGGAGCCCAAUUGAGCGACGCCUACGUCCGGCAACUGGAUGUCGUCAACAGAGGUUUCAGCGGCUAUAACACAAGACAAGCACUCGAAGUGCUUCCACACGCUCUGCCUUCAAGACAAUGUGCACAAGUCCGGUUCAUGACGUUCUUUUUCGGCGCAAACGACUCCAGGCUUCCGGAUACUCCAGGCGGACCGCAACAGCACGUUCCUCUUGAUGAGUUCGCAAGUAAUACCAAAGCUUUGGUAAAUCAUCCAGAUGUGCGAGGGCAUGAAGGCAUAAGACGAAUUUUGAUCACGCCUCCGCCGGUCGACGAGAGGAAGUGUCUCGAAAGCGACAAGUCCAAUGAUCCGAACUAUCCAGAUGUUAUCAGACGAAGGGCCAGCGUGACGAAACAGUAUGCGGAAGCUGUGAAGAAAGUGGGAGAGGAGACCCAGGUGCAUGUCAUCGAUUUUUGGAGCGCUCUCAUAUCGCGAGCCGGGGGAAGUCUUGUUGACCCAGAGCCGACAGGGUCUAUUAAUAUGCCAAAGAACGACGUCCUGCAGAGCUUCCUUCAUGAUGGUCUACAUCUGAGUCCUGCCGGAUAUAAAGUACUGUAUGAAGAAUUGCUACAGUUGAUCAACAGGACCUGGCCCGAAGAGUCCCCAGAUCAACUCGCGUUUGUCUUCCCUCGCUGGGACGAUACCAAAGCGUGGCAGCCGAACGGCAAGAGAGACUUGACAGCUCGAUGGUAA